AUGGCCGACGUCCCCCCCUAUCCGCUGUACGGCAGGAGCUACCUGCUCUACCGCGUCUCGCCGCUGCACCACGGCGACGCGCCGCUGCUGCGCGAGCCGGCCCUGAACACACACGCCAAGCGCCUGCGGGAGCAGCUGAAGGGCGACAAUGUGCGCGGCGUCGACGUCGACUUCGCAGCGACCGAGGGCGCGCUGCCCAACCUGGGCCCGCUCGACGCGUGCAGCUGGGACGUGAUUGGCGACGACGACGCGUGGAUCGACCGCCAUCGCCAGCUGCUACAUCCCGACGCCUCCCAGUUGACCACCGUCGUGCCUGCAGAGCAUGCCCGGGGCAUCCACGUCAGCCUCGACUACGAGACCCAGUCGUACAACGCCCUGUUGCUGCGGGAUCCGUCCUCCACCGCCGCCCCCGAUGGCUUCACCUCGCUCCCGCUGUUGCUGGUCAAGAUGCCCUCGGCCAUCCGCGACAUCUUCCUCAACUACAUCCGCACCAGCUUCGAUGCCCAUGUGGCCCCGCUGAGACUGUCUUCGGCCUUUGUCACCUCCACCCUCGAGACCUACUUCCGCCGCCUGACCGCCAGCACCUCCACGCAGACGGUACAGGACGUGAUCAGACAGCUGCAAGUUCAACUAUCCUUCCCGACUGCUACGACACUCCUCAGGCACCUCGACGUGACCAUGGCGGGCCGCGAUGUUCCCGGUUUCUUGAGCCGCGGGAGGCUGCUGCGAAACGCAAAGGACAGGCCGUUCACGGCUGCGUUAGCCGCCUACAUGAGGGAGCACCUUGCUCUGGACAUUUCCCAUCCCAAAGUCCGCAUCUCGCGGAUAUCCUGCGCCAGCUUUGUCCUGGCCACCGACCGGCUGAAGCUCAUGGCACCUGACAUUGCUGAUGUAUCCAUCGUGGACAGCGAUACGCCCGAAGGGAGCGCGGGGGAACUUGCCGUUCAAGACUUCUACGCUUCUCUAGUCAAGGAAGCCACUGGGACCGGCAAGUUCCUAUCCGAAGACCUCACGAUGGACAGGAGAUCGUCGACUCCCUCGUCCUCCACGAGCGCGAGUGCGAGCCGCCGAAAACGUGCGGUGAGCAAUGUGGCCGCCGGGUCUCGGACCUCGAAACGAUCAAAAGCAAGAGAAAAGGAAAAUCGCGACGGUGUGCUUGGUGAUGCAGAAAUGGCUGAUGCGUGA